AUGGAAAGGUGGCGCCUCCGUCUCACUCCCUAUAGCUUCGAUCUUGCAUACAAACCGGGACGAGAUGAAAACAAUCCUGCAGAUUUCCUCAGCCGCCACCCAAGCACUCCAGCUGAAGAAGAAAAUGUCGCAGAACAAUACGUCAACUUCGUUCGCCAACACGCCGUACCAAAUGCCAUGUUAAUGGAUGAGAUCAGAGAAGCGUCUCGUAGUGACCAAGUCAUUCAAAAACUGCACACAGCACUACAGACAAACAGCUGGAAGGACAAGGACUUGAUCCCAUACAAACCAAUUCGAGCAGAACUGCUAUCUCAUGACGACAUGAUCCUGCGACAAACCCGCUUGCUGAUUCCUGAAAAACUCCAGCAGAAAGCAAUCGACCUCGCCCACAUUGGUCACCAAGGAAUUGUCAAGACAAAACGGUUACUACGCUCGAAGAUAUGGUUUGCAGGUAUCGACAAGAUGACUGAGCAAACCAUCAAGCAAUGCAUACCAUGUCAGGCAACGACUCGAAAUUCUACCCCUCCAGAACCACUCACUAUGUCUCGCCUUCCUGCAGCUCCGUGGAGUGAAGUGUCUAUGGACUUCGCCGGUCCACUGCCAUCCAACGAUAUGUUGUUAACUGUAGUAGACGACUACAGUCGGUUUCCAGAGGUAGAAAUCAUCAACUCAACAGCAGCCAAAACCGUAAUUCCAAAAUUGGACAAUAUAUUCGCUCGACAAGGAAUUCCAGAAACCGCACGAUCAGAUAACGGUCCCCCGUUCAACAGCAAGGACUUUGAUCAAUUCGACAAACAACUCGGGUUUAAACAUCGAAAAGUAACCCCACUGUGGCCACAAGCCAACGGUGAGGCGGAACGCUUCAUGGAUCCGAUGAUAAAAACGAUACGAACAGCCGGGAUCGAAAAGAAGAACUGGAAGCAUGAACUCUGCCGUUUUCCGCGCCAAUACAGGGCAACUCCUCACACGACCACAGGUGUCGCCCCAGCCGAAGCUUUGAACAAUCGCCGCUUCCGCACUCAACUCCCGAAGAUACCCGAACGUGAUGCAAAACCAUUCAAAGGGACGCGCUCCCGAGUUCAACAGAACGUCAAGCUGAAGAAGCAAACUAUGAAAAGCUAUGCUGAUACGAAACGACGCGCCAAAGUCUCUGACAUCCGUCAAGGAGACACCGUCUUGGUACGUCAGAACCGUCAAAAUAAACUCUCGCCCUAUUUUGACCCCAAGCCUUUAACCGUGGAUAGCAAGAAAGGCAGGCCGAGGAUCAUACACGAUUACACGUAA